AUGCUAACCGAAAUAAUCAAUGCGAAACGCAAUAUCAAGAGAUAUUUAUUAGAUGUGCCCAGGAUGAAAAAAGUUGAAACAGAAGUGCUCGGCACACCGAAGUCGUCAGCACUCCAAAAUCGAAAAGCAGUAGUAUUUUAUUAUGGCAAUGCCAAAUAUAAUUCUAUAUGUAGCUGGCGAGGAAAUUAUACUGGCAAGGCUCUAGGCAUCUCAAGCCAUGAAGAACCUUGGCCGCAACCCAUAAUUCCAACGUCUACCCACAGCAGAAAGUGA